GCACCAAUGCUAAUGUUUCGCGUACUGUAGCCUGUAGUUAAGUCUACAUGAAAAGGACGGAUAUAUGAGUUCAAAUUUAAUUGUAGCCUACACGCUUUAUUGGUAGCUAAUUACUUAAAUAGGCGUGCGUAUUACAUGAACGAUAAAACAACAGAAGAAAUUGGUUUCAAAAUCCCAGAAAGAAUAGCCGACACGGGGUGACUCCAGGCUGAAGUAAUUGGGAAGCCUCUCGACAAGACUGCAAUACGUCUCUUAGAAUUUGCGGAGACGGGUAGUCAGACAGCAGGGAUUGCGCGAGAAAAAAUUGCUACAACUCCGCUGAGUGCCAGCUGUGGCUGCCAACAUGCCUCUACUGGAAGAAAGCUCACUGUCCAGGGACCACCUUCUUACCGUGCCAGUGGUCAUUAUCGGAAAUGGUCCAUCUGGAAUAUGCCUGUCAUACUUACUGAGUGGAUAUAGGCCUUACUUGGACACUGGAGUCGUGCAUCCAAACCCAGUUCUCUUCAGGAAACUACAGGAUACAAAGCACCUUGCCAUUACUGACCAGGAUUUGCAGUAUCUCAGUGAGGGGCUGGAGGGGAGGUCAUCCAACCCAGUGGCGGUCCUGUUCGACACCCUGCUGCAUCCCAAUGCCGACUUUGGCUACGAGUUCCCUCCCGUGCUGCAGUGGAGGCAGGAGAACCAGUACCACGUACCACACCUGGUCCUGGGCCGCGCCGCGCCCGGGGGAGCCUGGCACGCAAUGGAGGGAUCCAUGCUGACCAUUAGUCUGGGCAUUUGGAUGGAGCUCCCUGGGGUCAACUACAGAGACCUAACUGCAGGGAACCGAAGGGGUGUGGCAAAUGACAGGGCCACGCCAGAAGAGAUCUCAUCCUACUACAAGAACUAUGUGAAGCUGAUGGGCCUGCAGAAGAACUUUCUGGACAACGCGUACGUGACGUCUGUUCAGCGGCUGCACCGCGACCACGAGGAUGCCGUGGAGAGUGAGGGCAGGGGGGAUGCUGUGGACGGAAAGAAGGAAAUAGAGGUGAAGGAUGGCAGCCCUGCCAUGCUGCCCCAGGGCAUCUGGGAGGUGAGGGGCUACCAGCAGGUCCAAGGGGAUGCCCACGUGCCUUUCAGCAUCUUCGCUGAGAAUGUGGUCCUGGCUACAGGUGCCUCCGAUGCCCCCGCCCGGCUACUGGUGGAAGGAGAGGACUUCCCGUUCGUCUUCCACAGCAUCGCUGACCUCGGCAUGGCCGUAAGCAAGGGGACACUGGACCAGAACUCGGACCCCGUACUGAUAGUGGGGGCGGGCCUGAGUGCGGCUGACGCCGCCUUGUGCGCUUACAACAACAACAUUUCCAUCCUGCACGUCUUCCGGAAGCGGGUGGACGACCCGGGCCUGAUCUUCAAGCAGCUGCCGAAGACGCUCUACCCAGAAUACCACAAGGUCUACCACUUGAUGUGCUCCCAGACUCACUCUGCAGCUGCCACUGAGGCCACCACAGCUCCAGCCUCUGGUAGGUUCCAGGACUACACCAGUUUCCCCGAGCACUGCGUCGUGUCCUUCCAGCCGGACAUGAAAUGCGUUCUGAGGAGCGGCACCAAUUCUACGGUCUUCAAGGUCUCCAUGGCUCUGGUGCUCAUCGGCACCCACCCAAACCUGUUUUUCCUCAAGGACCAUGGCCAGUAUCUGGCCCUCGACCCCAGCAAGCCCAUCUCCUGCAAACAUAACCCUAUUGAAAUCCAUCCUUACACAUUCGAGUGCACCAAGGAGGCCAACCUUUUCGCCAUGGGCCCUCUGGUUGGAGACAACUUUGUGCGCUUCCUGAAAGGUGGUGCCCUGGGCAUUGCCAGCUGUCUGAUGAAGAGGCUGAAAAAGAAGGGCGAGCUGAUAGCUGAUGGGGGAGGUGGCGGUGGCGGUGGGUUAGUCUAAGAAUGAAAUAAAAAGCUACGGCAGGCGAGAGGUUAGAGUGCGGGCAGUGCCAUAGCUAACGCUUUCCUAAAUGUUUACGUAUGCAGUGGAUAUAUCUACUUUAAAGCUUUCUUACAAUUAAAAAAAAAAUUACGUGGAAAAAUGCAAGGCUGUUAUACAUUAAUGGAGCCUCACACUCACUGCACAGUUCAUGUGGGAAAACGAAAUGCAAUUUUGAUGAAAACAUUUUUAGUCAGAACAUUUAUUUUCAAUCAUGAAAUGCUGUCUAAGUGCAAUGUGCCAAUGUCAUUCCGACAGUAUGUAAAUAUACAUAGUUCACAGCUUUCAGGUUUGUACAUUUGUUGUGCUGGGGACACAAUCUUGCAAACUCAUCCCAUUCUUGUAAUUCUGAAAAAGACACAUUAAUAUAAAAACUAAAAAUAAAAAUUUUCUUCCGUUCGCCCUGUGAUUGAGCAGUAGAUUCUCCACUUCCAGAUUCAGUGUUUCCUGAGCAAGCACACGUAUUGCCAGUUUCUGCAGCCUAAACUAAAUAUGUCCUGAUUUUAGAAAUGUGGCUCAGAAACACUUGACAUUGUGAAACUGACAAUACGAUAAUUCAAGGGCCGACAUUUUCAUAUAUUAAAAACCGUGUACCCCAAUAUCCAACAGAAUGAAGAUUUACAUUAAAACCACUGUCUAUUGUGCAAAAGUCAGUGAUAAGGAUAGGUAAGCACAUUAUAUUUUAAAUAAAAAUUAUAUAUUGUUAUAUAUCAUUCAAUUAUUUAAUUUCAGUUUAAUUCAGUUACUUAUAAAGGGUUUUUCCUUACUGGAGAAGAUGGAUGGAGUGGCUCCUAUUAAAAAAAGGAAAUCAAAUUCUGAAAAAAAUGAAUGUAUGUUUAUGGAUCAGGAAACAUGGCCAUCUCCUUUCAAACGACACUUAUGCUACUGUACAUGUAAUAGUAAAAGCAAUCAUUCUAUCCCAUUUUGUUUUCCCAUAUUUAUGUUGUGCAAAACUGUCAGGGGUAGUUGUAAGGACUGAAAAAGGAGCUUAUUUAAAUUAUGGACCUUUGACGACAUUUAUGCAACUUCCAUGGCGUUGCAGCAUUUUCAGUGACUUAACAGUGACAUUUAAGCAGACAACAAAGAACAGGUAAAGAGGAGGAUGGUAAAAAUGGAGAAACAAACCUACUGAAUACUGUGAAAAUAUAAUCCGUGACAGACUAUACAGGCAAGAGGAAGUAUAUUGGUUUAUGUAGUAAUGCCCGUUUGAACUAACAUCAGACAGUAGAAUCUUCGCAAUUAGGUACACCUGUUGUCAUGGUAAUUUUGCUGUCUGUUUUAAAAGAGGCUUGGCAUGUGAAGGCGAGACAAAAAAACUCAAUGUUUUACUACAUGUUUUGUAAACAGGAAUUUUUUUUAUUAUGGACAAAUAAAAUAUUUUAAAAAUA